GAGCUUGAGCUAUAUAUAGAAGAUUUGAAAAACAAAAAUGUUGAGCAACAAUGUAUGGUUUGAAAUUCCCUCAAAACCAGAUGGCAGCAGCUCCAUCGUCCUUUCUCCACCCUCUCACCAAACCCCCUUCCUCCACCGCCACCACCGCCGCCGCUACGAGACGGUCAACCGUAAUACUGACAUCCGUCCUUCUCUGGACGCACACAAAACCGGCCGCCGCAUUCGAUUUACGGCUGACGGAGCCGGAGCAGAGCGUGGAAGAAGCGGAAUCGGAGAUCCGGUCUCACGCGCAAAGCCUGGUGAGAGUGAAGGAUCUGCUAGAGGCGGAGUCGUGGAGAGAGGCGCAGAAGGUGCUGCGAAGGAGCUCGGCGCUGCUGAAACAGGACGUGUACACGAUGAUUCAGGCGAAGCCAUCGGCGGAGAGGCCGCGGCUACGGAAGCUCUACUCCGAUCUGUUCAAUGCGGUGACGAGGCUGGAUUACGCGGCUCGGGAUAAGGAUAGGAUUAGGGUAUGGGACUCGUACCGUACAAUUCUUUCGUCGCUUCAUCAUAUUUUCUCUGCAAUUUAUAAUUAACAAUUAUUUGAAUUAGUUUUGCUCAAUUCAUAUGUUAUCCAAAAUUUAAAAGUUUAGUG